AUGACAGGGGUCACGAUCGAAGCCUGGCGCGGGAAACAGGGUCCCGCGCAGUGUCACCGUUGCCAGUCGUUCAGGCACUCAUCAGUCAACUGCCAUAAGCGAAUGGCGUGCGUUCGUUGCGCGGGGGAGCAUCGCGCGGCGGAUUGCACCAGGCCGAAAGAUGUGCCGGCGACCUGUGCCAACUAUGGGGGGCCUCACCCCGCCUGUCACUCGACUUGCCCUGUGCGCAAGGAGGAGGAGCGGAACCGGCGCUCGGGCACGUGUGCCCGAACGGCGCCGUCUGGCCCCUUGCGCCAACGCCGCAACAAUCCAAGCAACAUUCAACAUCCGCCUGCGGUCGCCCCUUUGACGUCCGGCGUCGCACCUACAGUUGACGAGGAGGGCUUCGUCACUGUGCGACGCCGCACGAGACGCGGUGGCCGCAAGCGAGGUCCCGCCGCACCUUCGCUUGCCGCACAGGAGGCAGGCCGCGCUGCCGCGCUCCAUACGGUCUCCGUGGACGUCGCCAACCGCGCCGCCGCCCCAGCCUCAGCACCGUCACUACCCAGAAUGGCACCACCUCCACGCUCGCGCACCAGUUCUCAGGACAUCGACGUCGCCCUGGUCAGCGAGACGCACCUCACUGCGGCAUCCAGGUUGCGCAAGUACCAAGUCUACCGCCAGCACCACGUCGACACCACUGGUCGCGCCUACCGUGACCUAGCAGUCAUGGUGAGGCGCCGCAUACCGCAUCGGUUGCUGCCCGACGUGGCCGUCACCGAAUGCUCGGCCCUGGGAGUGGAGCUGCAGCUCGCAGAUCGCCCCACAGGCUUCUUCGCGGUCUACGCCGCUGGCGACUGGAACGAGAAGCACCCGUCGUGGAAUUCGCGGAUCGCCAACAAGCGGGGCCCCGUCGACAAAUAUGAGCCAUUAGCCGCGUCCAGACCGACUGAGCGCGAGCCAAUAAUUCGGCCGGUGUGGAUGCUUUCACGCGCACUGCCUGUUUUCCACGCUUUAACAGGAUGCGAUUUUAAUCCAGCAUUUACUCGGUACAUUGCCAAUUUGUGGAGGAAUGCUUACAAAUCCGACGUCACUGACCUUGAACCAACCGAUCAUGGGUGGAAUGAAAAUAAUAAUAAAUUCGAGUUCACGUGGUUUAUCGGGAAUCCAUUGCCCGAUGCGUAUGAAAAUGUUGUUGUAUCGCCGGAUAUUCUGGCCAACGAGAAUGACACCGAGGAUAGCAAUGACGAGACGCUUGAUUCAAAAAUUUUAAUUGUGGAUAAGGAGCCACAAUAUGAAAGUUCCAGUGAAGAAGAAGAAGAUGAAUUGUAUUGA